AUGUGGGAACACGUUAAACAGACACUUGUAGCAGGCUUCAUCUUCAAACGUCACUUGGCGGAGAGUUAUGAACGAGGAAUUGGGUUCAAUGGCAUUGCAGUGCAGUCGAUCCACAUAAGGUCCUUGAUGAUUGAAAUGUUAUUUAGCUGGGCAGGGGCAAUGAUGCUGGGGAACACCAUCGAGACCGUACUGUCUCAGCCAAUCAAACCAGAGCCAACCUCCACAUCUUUUUACAUGCCGCGCAAUAAUCCUCCUGAGGCUCUGGAUGAGGCUCAGAUAAUCCGAAGCCAGUUUGGUUGUUCAUCCCCAGACCGAACUAAUCUCUACCAGUUUGUGGUAUCAAAAAUACUGGAAGACCACUACAAAGGCAAACCUUACAUUCUAUUGAUCCCAUGUGACUUUUGCGAAAUCCUAAGGGUUAGCUUCAAUUGGAUUGUGAUAAACCACAAGAUGGAGUUGCAACAAAAGUUCAGCUUUCUCAGAAAAGGACUGAGUAGAUCAUGGGUGAAGUUUUUCAGGGUUUUGUUCAUGAAAACUUCUGAGGACCUCCCUGAAAUCAUUCUAAUAUUGUCUUUGAUCUGUGCAAUUGGAGCAUUUUUGAACCUACACUUGAAAGACUUUCUGAUUCCUCUCCCUGUGAUCUUAUUUUUAAUUGGAUGCAGUUUUGAAAUGCUAAGUUUUACAUCUGAUCAGGUACAAAGGUAUGCAAAUGCCAUACAAUCAAUGAGCCCGGACUUAUUUUUUGAUAUAUUUACACCAAUAAUAAUCUUUAAUGUUGCAUUUGACAUGGAUAUAUACAUGCUCCAGAAAUUAUUCUGGCAGUUACUAUUAAUUUCAAUUCCUGGCUUUUUGAUGAAUUAUCUAUUCAUUCUUUGGUACCUGUCAUCUGUGGAUAAAUUACUCUUGCACACCACCCCACGGUUAUUAUUUUCAACUAUCCUCCUAAGUUCUGAUCCCAUGAUGACUGCAGCUGCUAUAAGAGACCUUGGUCUUUCUAGAAGUCUUGUUGAUCUAAUUAGUGGAGAAUGUUUGAUAACCUCUGUAUUGUCUUUAGUUUUAUAUACCAGUAUUGUGGAAAUCACCAACACCCUAAACAUUCAUGUGAACAAUUCCAUAGCCUAUCAAGUCAUGGAGAGUGCUUGGUCAAAUUUUAUAGCAAGUACAUUAUUUGGAAUGAUAGGUUCAAAUCUGAUACAAUGGUGGAUGGCUACAGUUUUUGUUGAUGAUGUCUAUCAUAUAAAUCUCACCUCUGCAGCUCUGUACCUUAUCUAUUAUAUUAGUGAACUAGUUGGUAUGUCUGGAAUAUUUACCCUGGCGAUCAUGGGACUCCUUUUAAAUUCUACAAGUCUUAAACCAGGAGUUGAAGCAAUUCUUCUUGAACUCCUGGUUUUCUUACUAAUGAGUCCUCUCUUGUCUCGACUUGGUCAUGGCUUCAGCUGGCGCUGGGCUUUCAUCAUGGUCUGGAGUGAAAUGAAAGGGAUACCUAAUAUAAACAUGGCCCUUCUGUUUGCCUACUCUGACGUUUCUUUUGGAUCUGAGAGAGAAAAAUCUCAAAUAUUAUUUCAUGGUGUGUCUGUAUGCUUAAUUAACCUGAUUAUCAAUAGAUUUAUUUUGCCAAUGGCAGUUGAUAAACUAGGGCUUCAUGAUGAUACAUCCACAAAAUAUAAAUCGCUUAAUCAUACAUUUCAACACUUUCAAGAGCUAACUAAAUCUACAGCCUCUGCGCUCAAAUUUGACAAAGAUCUUGCUAAUGCAGAUUGGAACACUGUUGAGCAAGCAAUUAUACUUCAAAAUCCUUACGCGUUGAGCCAAGAAGCAAUUACAGGACAUCCAAAGGUGAAAUGUCCCGACUGUAAUAAAGAAAUCGAUCAUACACAUUACACUGAAGCCACAGAGCUGACGAACAGGCGUCUCUUGAGAGCACAAAUAGCAAGUUACCAGAGACAAUACAAGAAUGAGACUCUGUCUCAGGAUGCUGUCCAGAUGCUGGUAGGGGCAGCAAAAAGCUUUGGUGAAAGGACAGGAAAAUAUUUGAGUCCUGACACAAUAAAGGAUUAUUCUGAGGGCAACCAAUUUCUUAGUUUUUCUAGAAAACUGUUGCUCAAUUGGGUAUAUAAUACUAAAAAGGAAAAAGGGGUCCCAUCAAGAUACUACAUUCUUCGUUUAAGCCAUUCAAUAGUAUUUACUGAUGAAUUUGAGUAUGUCGGAUACCUUGUGAUAUUAAUGAAUCUAUUUCCUAUUACAAUUACUUGGGUAUCCAAGUUAAAUGAUGUUUAUGAAAAUGAAUUGAUAUAUUCUAACUACGUUUUUCUUUCAUUUUAUAUUCUGGAGAGCCUAAUUAAGAUUGCAGCAAUGAGGAAGGAAUAUUUUUUACAUGCUUGGAACUUAUUUGAACUUGUAAUUACAAUCAUUGGCAUCAUAGAUGUAAUACUAUUAGAGGCAACUUUCUUUCAUUCUACUUUUGAUUAUAAUCAAGCAGCGAUCUUUAUGAAAAUUGUUCAAAUAUUUCGUGUAUUGCGCAUUUUGAAGCUUGUAACACCAAAGUUCCUGCAAUUAAUAGAUAAAAAGAUGAGUCAUCAGUUGUCCCUUCGGUAUGCUAUAUUAAAAGGUUAUGUCCAAGGUGAAGCAGACAUAAUGACGAUAAUUGAUAAGAUUGAAAGCUCCAAGCAAGUUAAACAGAUGCUACUAAGGAGGGUAAAAAGAAACACAGGACAAGCUAUGAAAGAGCUAGGCUACUUAGAGUAUGAUCACCCAGAAAUUGCUAUCACUAUGAAAACAAAGGAGCAGAUUCAUCUCAUGCUCAAUUUAGCUAGUCAAAUUGUUGAGGUCUUCAGGGUAAAAGGAAUUCUUCAUAAAGUUGAAGGUGCUGAAAUUAAUAAGUUGAUAAUGAUCAAGAAGAGAGAAAUACUUAAUGAUCAGCUUACUAUCAAGCCUCUUACUGCUGAUGAAGUCUUGUACCAUAUUCCAUGGCUGGAUAAAGACAAAGAACUUAUAAACUUCAUUCGGGAAGAAGCCAAAAUUAUAACAUUUGAUUGUGGAAAUGAUAUAUUUGAAGAAGGUGAUGAGCCCCAAGGAAUUUAUGUAAUUAUUUCAGGCAUGGUAAAGUUUCAAAGUUCAAAACCAGGUGUGGGGAUGAACCAAAUAUUAGAGGAGUCAGAGGAGAAAGAUAAUCAGAUAACUUACAUAGAUUUCAUGAUCAGCGGGGAAAUAAUAGGAGAGUUAAACUGCUUAACUAAGGAACCCAUGAAAUAUUCUGCCACCUGCAAAACUGUUGUGGAGACAUUUUUCAUUCCCAAAAAUCAUCUGUAUAAAGCUUUUGAUCAAUAUUGUCCUCACAUGGAAUACAAAAUGUGGCUAAAACUUGGACUUUCUAUUACUGCCAGAAAAAUCAAGGAGCACUUGUCUUAUGAGGAAUGGAACUACAAGCUGCAAUUAAAGCUCUGUAAUGUUUUUGUAAAAGAUAUACCAAAGAGCACCAAGACUGAUAUCUAUGGUGAAACUGUAGCUUAUGUGAUCCUCAUCCAUGGAGCUGUAGAAGACUGUCAAUUACGAAAAGCUUAUAAAGCCCCUUCCUUAAUUCCUACAACUUGUUGUCAGGUACAAGGCACUGAAGAUUUCACAAAGGUAAUGAUUGUUGAAACACGAGUUGAUCUACAAAACCACAGGAGGAGCACCAGAAAGUUUGUGUCUUCACACAAACCUGCCUCAGUAUCUGAAGACCAAAUAUUGGAAGAAGACCCUAAAAAGGAAACAAAUAUGGAGGAUGCCAUUCUGCACUCUAACAGCCAGGUUCCUAUCCUGCCUGAAAGCAGGAAGUUCAUUUCCUCCUAA